AUGGCCAUGGAUGGAUACAGGAUACGAAAGCCGACCGGACCUCGCGAUCGCAAAGCCGCUGCGGCUGCUCGACGAUGCCCAUCUUGCCGCCAGCUAUGGGCAAUGUGCGAGUGUCGACGGCUCCGUCAACGGAAAAGAUCGUUGUCAUCUUCCACCUCCGCGUCGCCAAUGAGCCAUUCAUCUCCCGGUACUAUUGGCUCAAAAAUUACAACACCUGGAGAUCUCAACACCACGCCAGGUGUAUUGGAACCUUUGCCGCAUGAAAUCACGACUGCUUUCUUCGCAUUCGUCGGUGAUUCGCCUUCGCCCCUUACGGAUGUGUUUUCACUCUCAUUUUUGAGAACGUACCUGGAAACAUCCAUACCCGUGAGGACUGUUAUCAUGACCAUCGGCAAAAUCCUUCUCGAAUUUAAAAAAAGGGGAGACUUGAGCAAAAAGCAGGCGGCUGCAGCUGCGGUGGCUGCCUCAGACCGUCACAAGUUGAAUGAUUUCUUGGAUAUCCUCACAUCGCCAGACUGCCAUGAUCAACACCUGACGCUGGUAUUCGGCAUUCUCCUCGCUUACAUGGAGGCAAUGGUAGCCCGUUCAUGGCUCCUGUUCCAAGCAGUAUUGCGCAAGUUAUCAGAUAAAAUACAAGAUCAACUAGAGAAAGAACGACGAGGCCCUCAUCUUUAUUUCGACAGGGGCCUUCUCAUCAACUAUUCUCUUAUGGCUGGCUACCAUGCCAUGAUCUCGUUUGAAGACACAUAUCUCGUCGAUGUUGACCUCUACGAUCCUUCACCAUUCGCAGACAUUGACUCAGCUACCAGCAAUAUCCGCGCAAAUGCCGCGAUCCUCCAUCAUUACUGCAAAUAUGUCGUGAAUUUUGCUCGGCUACACCACAGAGCGACAAAAUGGGUGAGACAAGCGCGUCAGAUCAUUGCAGACCGUCAAAACGAAUCUGAAGCAACUGAGGACGAGCUCAAGGAGGCUCUGGCCAGCUAUGGGUUGCUGAAAUCUGGAAAGGAAGUUGUCGAAAGCUCUGGUAGAGUGAUCGACGUGAUGGAGAUGUUUCGCGGCAGAGACGAUGCAAACGACGACGUGGAAGGGAACGAUUUUGGUUGCAUGAGAGAGGUCUUCUACCAUUUCGCCCUCAUGGGACUCACCCGGACCUUCUGGGACCCGACAUGGAAACUAAUCGACGAGGACCUCCCGCACAUGCACGACAUGCCUGAUCUCGAAGCACAUGGUGUCUUUGUUCUCGAAAGGCUAGAGCAAAGAGUUCCUAUGCUUGGUCUUGAGUCAUGGUGCUACUUGGUAAUUUUGAUGGGUGUUGCAAUGGAGGUCAGGCAGGUCGAAUAUCAGAAGAGGGUGGAAGUUGUGGUCUCAGACAUCGCAGGAAAGGGGUUUGCUUGCGCCGAGUCGAUGUUGGGUGACAUGAGGCUGCUCUGGGGGAUGGAUUAUGCGGCCCAACACGACAGCAGCAUCGGCCCGACCUGCUGA